AUGAUAAAUCUUAAAGAUGUGGAAAAACUUAUCUCUUAGUAAAAAUUUGAUGAAGCAAUUUAACUUUGUAAUAAGGCACUAGGACUGCUUCCUCAUAAUAAUGAGCCUCAAAAGUAGUGGGAAACAGAUCUUAUUUAUAAAUUAAAUUUUCAUACUGGAGUAGCUUAUCAAAAUAGCUAGAGAUAUUAAUAAGCCAUAGAAGCUUAUUAAAAAGCUUUAAAGUACUAACCAUAGGAUAUAUGCAUUCAUUUGAACAUAGCAAUAUGCUACUAUGGAUUAAAUUAAUUAUAAAAUUCACUUUAAUUUGUCGAUUCUGGUUUAUAGAUUCAUGAUGAUAAUUAUCAAAUUCGUGAAUAAUUACAAAUUUUGAAGUAUAGCAUAUUCAAAAAUAAUAAAUAGUUUUAGGAAUGUUAAGAAUUACUUAAAACUUUAUUUGAAAAUAAUUAGCUUACUUAAGAAAGUUUAUUAAACGAGUAUCUUGAAUAUCUUUAUAAUGCAAAGGAUUAUAAUUAAUUAUUACUUGUCCUAGAUGCUAAGGCUAAACUAUUUCCUAAAUCUAUUUAGUAAUGUAUGAAAAACAAACUUAUCGUAUAUUUAUAAUCAUAGGACUAUAAUCGAGCAUUACUAAAAACUGAGGAAUAUAUAUAGAAAUAUCCAAAUGAUUCCAGUGUUUUAACUGUUAAGAUAUAGAGUCUUUUAAUGCUUGGAAGAAGGCCAGAAGCAAAACAAUUUUAUCAAGAAUCUUUAGUAAAAUUUCCAAAUGAAAGAGUAUUGCUUAAUACUAAAAUUGCUUGA